CAGUCCUUCCUCUCCCAGCACAGGGGCCUCGCAACCGGGUUUACCAUGCAAUAUAUUCACAAACAUGUAUUUCCAAUGCAGUUAACACAUGUAGAGAAAAAAUAGAAACUUGUACUGACACAAAUUUACAUUAGCGUUCAUUUUAAUUGUUGUUCCCACUAUUGAUACAAUAGUUUUCUGAGUUUCAGCAAAUACUUAAUACAGCCAGGGCUGGGGUCAUUUCUUUUUUUCCAAUUAAUUUUUAAAAUCAGUUUCCAAUUCCAAUUCCCAUUCCAUUUUAAUCCAUUCUAGUUCCUUCAAAGGAUCCCAAUAAAGGAAUUGGGAAUUGAUUUUAAAAUGGAAUUGACCUCAACCUUGAAUAGAGCAUGUCAGUUUUUUACAGGACUUAUAACAUUGUCUCAAUUCAUUUAAAUACGAGGUACAGUAGCUGUGGAUCAUGUAAAUAGAUUACUUGUAGGUGUGCAGGUAUGUAGCAGUUCUCACGCCACAUGACUUUGUAUGAUAUGCUAACCUGAGCAUGUGCUGACAUUGCAGUUUAUCAAAAGUAAUGUUCAAGGCAGUAAACUAUGUAUAACAUGUGAAUGAUACUCCAUGGUUUGCAUUGUGUGUGUGGAAAAUUCAGGUAUAUUUAAGUUUUAUCAUGCUUGCAGAAUGUAACGGCUGAAACACUAUUCAGUUAUUCUUGACAUUUAGUGGUUUUGUUUUCCCCAUUGAAAAUCAGUUUGAGCUACUCCAGGUGGUGGUGUCAAAAGUGUAAGCCAAAGCUUGUAUUUCAACCUGAAAUGGAUCCACUGCAGUGCAAAUCCAAUGCUUGCUCUGUACAUAACUAGCCUCAUUCAUAUGGAUAUUAAGACAGGCAAGCCACUCAAACCCAGAUUUGAGAUGUGCUUCUGAAGCAGCUGAGGGCUCUGCCACUGGGCCAGCAUGCGGUAGGAGCUGGUAAGUUUUGUGAUUGGUCAACUCCCAAACUGCUACAGAUGUCACAAAAUCAAGCUCGCACCACAUUUGUGUCCCUCUGAUUUUAGCCUUUUUUUUUUUCUUUUUCUUCCUUGUCUUGACUCUCGGCUAUCUUGAGCACUUCAUUGAAUUGCAUUAAAUCUGUUUUUCAAGGUAUUGAUUUUCAGGGAACCUUUUGAGUUCACAUGUUCUCUUUUAGUGAAUAUAUCCAAGUUACAGUGGCUUGUUUUGUAUGAAGGCCCAUUUUUUCUUUGCAUUGUGGAUCCUUUUUUUUUUUUUUUUUUUUUUUUUCAAAACCAAGCUGUCGCUAUGUACCCACCAGUGUCAUUUUACAGCACUAACCUGCUCCUGCUCGAUCCACAAAUAACUUGCAAAGGACUGGAGAUCCAAGGCAUUGGCAGCAUAGACUUGUUUGUUUCCUCCAUGCUACCCAAGAGUGUUGACAUGGCUUGUUGAAUGUGUGAUUUAAUACGACUGUGUGACUUGCUGACUGUUUGUUUCACUUUCGUGAAUUAAGGGUGUGGUUGGUCAUGUGAGACAUGAAGAUGAUUGGAUUGGUAUGUGAAGAUGAAGGCGCUGCUGGGUGUGUCGCCACGUUACUUCACGAUGCAAUGAUGAACCCAGCUGAAGUGGUGAAGCAGAGGAUGCAGAUGUAUAACUCGCCUUACCGCAGCGUUUUAGACUGUAUGAGGGCAGUGUGGCUGAAGGAGGGUGCGGCCGCAUUCUACCGCAGCUACACCACCCAGCUCACCAUGAACAUCCCCUUCCAGGCCCUGCACUUCAUGACCUACGAGUGCCUGCAGGAGACGCUCAACCCUCACAGACAGUACAACCCCACCUCGCACAUGGUGUCUGGAGCACUUGCAGGGGCUGUGGCUGCCGCAGCCACCACCCCACUGGACGUUUGCAAGACGCUCCUGAACACCCAGGAGUCUCUGGCCCUGCACUCCCUCAACGUGAGCGGACACAUCUCGGGCCUGGCCCAUGCCUUCCGGACGGUUUACAGGCUUGGGGGGGUCCUGGCUUACUUCAAGGGGGUGCAGGCCAGGAUCAUCUACCAAAUGCCUUCCACGGCCAUUGCCUGGACUGUCUAUGAGUUCUUCAAAUACUUCAUCACCGAGCACCAACAUGCGAAGCGAAAAGCACAGCGGGAGAGUGAAAAAUAAUCCCAAGAAGUGUCAGCAAAAAUAAAGCUGAAAGAAAAAAUUGAAAUACGAAUAGUUUUAUCAGGACUUUAAAACAAAAAUAAUACGCACAUAGAAACAUGCAGAACAUUUGAAAUGCCCCUCAGCCAGACAAAAUGAACAUGUACUUUUAUCCUUAUUGUCCCAUGUAAGAUUUGAAAGUGCAGUAGUUAACGUAUACUCCACAAGGGGGCGCUGUGGUUCUUCUCAUUUAACACUCAAAAUACAGCUUGUAAAAAGUUUUAAGUUUGGUUUUAGUAAAUUAGUAAAGAAGGUAUAGAAAGCCCCUUUGGAAAUGUGGUUUAAGAACAUAAACCUGGGAGUAAUAUAAUAAGUGAUCUGCUAUUGGUCAGUAAAGA